AUGGCUACUAAUGGCGUGAAUGGCAAUGGAUAUACUAAUGGCGCAAAUGGCAAUGGAUAUGCUAAUGGUGUAAAUGGUAACGGAGUUUACAGAAACGGGAACGGGAACGGUGUAUAUACAAAUGGAAAUGGUAGAAAUGGGAAUGGAAAUGGUGCAAAUGGCAAUGGGGUAUAUACUAAUGGAAACGGUGUGAACGGAGGAUAUCAGAACGGAAAUGGAGUGACCGUGUACGCCAAUGGCGUUGUGGAUCCCUUCCGAGCUCUGGCCGAUGCCAUUGGCGGCGGAGGCGUCCCAGGUGUGGACUACCCCAUCCUGGCCUUCGUCCCCGCCACCGGCUUCUCCUGCAACGGCCAACUGCCUGGAUAUUACGCCGACACUGCUCCCGAGGCCGGCUGCCAGGUGUUCCACAUCUGUCAGGCAGGAGGCAGGAUCGACUCGUUCCUUUGUCCCAACGGCACAGUGUUUAAUCAGCAAUACUUCGUGUGCGAUUGGUGGUACAACUUUGACUGUUCCACGGCUGAACAGUUCUACGGAUUGAAUGCUGAGAUUGGUAAUAUCAACGGAAAUGGGUACACGAAUGGCAACGGUUACACCAACGGUAAUGGAAAUGGUUACAGUAAUGGCAAUGGUAAUGGUAACGGAAAUGGCUACACCAACGGUAAU